CUUAUACUUUUCCCCUUGUUUCUCUGUCAAUAAAACACAAGUUUUGUGCUUACUACUUCACAAUUUUCUUCACCCUUUCAAAGAUUUUUCUUGCUUCUGUUUGGUUAUAUUUCACCUAUUUAUAGAUACCCACAAGGUUAACAUUAGCUAAAAGGUGUUGUAUUAGCUAAAUCCAACUUCUUUUUUCCUCUGAAAAUCAAGAAGUGGGCAAAUUUGUUGUUUCUCUUCAAGAUUUUUCUGGGGUUUGCUUAUUUACAGGUUCUUUGUGCCAUUGUUAUGUUCGCUCCUUACUGAAAGCUGGUUUCUAAUAACUUAGUUGGGGUUCAGUAAAGCUAAUAAACUUACCUGGGGUUCAGUAAAGUUUCUUUGACUACUUUGGUUGUACUUAUCAAUUCAGAUACUGUAUCUAACAUGAGGAGUUUUGGACGCGGGUCCAAUUCCUUAAAAUCUACUGAAACUAUGAGGCUUAUGCUCUCCGUUUGCUGCGGAAUCAUUUUUGGCUUAAUCAUUGGAAUUUCAUUUCCAUCUAGUUCAUUAACCAAGCUAAACAUAACAUCCAGUAUUGUAAGCAACUUCCCUAUUGCUAGAGACAGAAAUAAUGUUGUUUCAGACCAAAAGCCUGCAGAUCCUUCGAUCAAAAUUCAGAAUGCUACAGAUCAGUUGAAGAUUUGGGUCCCAUCAAACCCAAGGGGAGCAGAAAGAUUACCGCCACGGAUCGUUGCUUCUGAAUCCGACUACUAUCCCCGGAGAUUGUGGGGAAAACCCAGUGAGGACCUACAAAGCAAGCCAAAAUAUCUGGUAACAUUUACUGUCGGUAUUAAGCAGAAGUAUAACAUUGAUGCUGCUGUAAAGAAGUUCUCAGACGACUUCACAAUUCUUCUUUUUCACUAUGAUGGUAAGACAACUGAAUGGGAUGAAUUUGAGUGGUCAAAAAAAGCCAUCCACGUGAGUGUUCGGAAACAAACAAAAUGGUGGUACGCGAAAAGGUUUCUGCAUCCAGACAUAGUUGCCCCAUAUGACUAUAUUUUUAUCUGGGAUGAAGAUCUAGGAGUUGAGCAUUUCGAUGCCAAGGAGUACAUUAAACUUGUCAAGAAGCAUGGUUUAGAAAUUUCACAGCCAGGUUUGGAUCCCAGGAGAGGAACAACAUGGCAGAUGACAAAGAGAAGAGGUGAUCGUGAAGUUCACACGACAACAGAAGAGAAACCAGGCUGGUGCGCAGAUCCCCAUUUGCCUCCUUGUGCAGCAUUUGUAGAGAUCAUGGCUCCAGUCUUUUCCCGAGAUGCAUGGCGUUGUGUGUGGUAUAUGAUUCAGAAUGAUUUAGUCCAUGGUUGGGGACUUGACUUUGCUCUUCGUAAAUGUGUUGACCCUGCUCAUAAGAAAAUUGGAGUCGUAGAUUCCCAAUGGAUCGUUCAUCAGGGUCUCCCUUCUCUUGGAAAUGAGGGAGAAGCAAAAGAUGGAAAGGCUCCUUGGAAAGGGGUGAGGGAUAGAUGUAGAAAGGAAUGGAAAAUGUUUCAAACUAGAAUAGCAAAUGCAGAGAAAGCCUAUUUCAAGUCUAUAGGAGUUGAUCCUUCUAAUUUGACAUCUCAUUAAGUCAACAUGAUCAAGUUGACAGUAUACAAAGAGUCCUGACAAUUUUGCCUAGGAUUAUAGGUGGCUCCAUCUUGUAAAAUUGUUAGCUGUUAGUUGUUGUUAUGAUACACAAUAAAUUUUUAAAGGAAAGUAUAUUAUAGAGCU